AUGUAAAAUUCAAAAAUACGAAAAAGAAUCGUUGUAAGUGAUGCUUGUAUUAAUGAUAUAGAUGGGUUAAUAUUGUUGGGACUUAUUACUUUAGACAUAAUUAUAACUCUGCAUUUUAUCUUUUCAAUAUUUCUUGAGAAUGGCCAGAUCAACAGUUUUAUCUGCUAAUUCAAUGGCUAUCUCACUGCAUCUACUUUUGUUGCUAGCAUCUCUUACAACAUUUCACUGUCCCAUUGCAUAUUAAGAACAUUACCCUCAGACCAAUGUAAGAGUCAGAAGUCUGGCUGGAUCUACCAUUUAUUCUCAUUAUCAGCUGGUUUUGUCUAUAUUAGCUUAGCUGCUUUGUUUGAUGACAUUGGGGAAGGUGUAAUGAUAACUUGCGCAAUGGGUUACGGAACUAGCAUUGAAAGGAGGUAAUAUGACUAGCUAGGUAAAAACACUCUACUUUGGCCAUAUUUGCAACAUGCUUGUCUUUAACAUUACUUGGGUUCCAAGGUAAGUAUCUUUUUCUUUAUGUUUAUAAGUGGAUAUGCACAUUUGCUGACUUUUGUUAUGCAAAUGAAUAAGAGCACUUAUUUAAGAAUAGCGAUGAUGUCUGUUGGAAUGAUGAAUUCCAUAAUUCGUAUCACUGCAGAUCCUUAUCUUAGAUCUAAACUCUACAUUUAUUUUUGUGUCAGUGAUAAGCAGACUACUUAGUAGGAAUCAAGAGAGAUAAUGAUAAGAACUGGAAAUCGGAUUCUUAUGGAUACUACAUUCUCAGGAAACAUAAGAGAAACUGAGGAUCUCACUGAAGAUAGGAAUAAUUUAUCGGUAUCUCAAGAAUAUAAUCAUAGCUCUGAUGAUGACAGAAUAAAAAUGAUGGAUUUAAUGGCUAGAGGUGGAGAUAGCAGUAUUUUAGAAUAACCAAGUUAGGUGCACCUUGAGCAUUUGCCCACAUUUGUGCUACUUCAAGAAAACAACAUAGUUGAAAAUCUGAAAAACAGGUAUGCAGCAAUGGUUUAUCAUUUUGAUAAAACCAGUGAAGAGGAAAUAGCUCGAAUUAAUAGAAAGUCCCAAACUCACAAAAAUAACAGGAAACUAUCUCGAUAAAUAAAAAUAAAUGACUUAAAAGGAGGGAGUGCAUAGUUUUCAUAAAAACAAAGAGAUAAAAAUAAGAUAUCAAGAUCCUUUCACGCAACUUCCAUCAAACAAUUUUAGCAGUAAUAGGAAGUAAAUAUAUUCAAGUAUAAGAUCGAAGAAUAUCAAUCCAAGAUAUUCAGUCAAAUCAGAAGACAAUUUGGAGUCUUAAAUAAUUAGAUAAUUUAUUCAUUCAAUCCAGAGGAAAACAUGGAAAUAUUCAGGAGAGUACUCAAUGAGGAGCAAGCUGGUAGAAGUGGGAAGAAGGUUUUCAAGACUCAUGAUAAGGCAUUUAUACUGAAGGAUAUCAAUAGUAUUGAGAAAUAUGAAUUACUAGACUUGGCAAAGUCUUACUCAGAUCAUAUUUUCAAAAACGAAGACACACUGUUAGCAAGAAUUCUAGGAAUGUUUUCAUUCAAAGUAUAGAAUUAGAAGAAGCAGUACUUUAUACUCAUGUAAAAUUUGGAUUACUUGCCUUCCAAUAAAGUCAUAUUCAGAUAUGAUCUAAAAUUCUCAGAAGUAAAUAGACAGAAAAUAGUAUCUGAGUAAAUUCUCAACACAGUAAUAGACAUUUUAAUCAAUCGACACUAAAAUAUAAAAGAAAUUAUCAAUCUCAAAUCUUAUAGUCUACCUCAGUUGAUAUGUACUGAUGGCGAAGAGAUUGAAAUGAAAACUGAAAUAAGCCAUGUAAACAUUAUGGAAAAUUUUAACAAUAAAGCUGAUUAGCAGUCGCUUGAUGAUUACAAACCGAAUCAGAAGAAAUUAAAUAUUUUCAAACAUAACACACUUCACAUAAAGGAAAAUAGCCUCAGAUAAGUAUUUUUUAGCUAAUCUCCGUAAAUUGCAUCAGUGUCAAAGCAUAAAAGUCCAGUGAGUCAAUUAGAAUCAUUAUAGCUAAACAGUAGUGCAAUAGUUUACUCUCAUAGAUAAAAAGAUUCUAUUUACAGUAGCAGAUAAGAUGCUAAUUCCUCUUCUCAUCAUCAGCAAACUAAUAAUAUCAAUAAUCAUAACAGUUCUAAUACAAUCACUUUAACCUUAGCCUAGGAAAAUCAGCUGCUUGAUGCUCUUAAACUGCUGAAGGACAUUGACUUCCAGAACAUGCAUAAACAGAUAAUACUUAGAAAUAAGAGCUUGCUUAAUCUUCAACUGUUUUUGCAAUAAAUACAAAGGGAUGUCCUAUAUUUAAGCGAUCAAAAUAUCAUGGAUUACUCUUUACUCCUGAUUAUUGCAAAAAAUGAUAGGAAAGUUAAGAAUUUGAUUAGGUAAAACUAGCUUAAAAAUAGAUUUGUUUUCGUCACUUAGAAUAAGAACUAUGUAGUUCUUGUGGGACUUAUAGAUUAUCUACAGAUAUUCAAUUUUCAAAGAGUUAUUUAGGGAUAAGCCUAGAAAAUAUGGAGUUACUUGAAGUCUAAAUCAUUGAAGCAGAUAUCUUGUGUAGAACCAAUUGCAUAUUAGGAGAGAUUUUUGAAAGGAGUUACCAAAAUCUUUCGGAUUGAUUCAAAUGAAGAGAACUCUUAGUGA